AGUUGAUGUGAGAAAUAUCAAAAUGUCUGUUUGUAGCCACCACUUUGAACCAGAGGAUUUUGAAACGGGAACUGAAGUCUCAACUCAUGGGGUUGCCAUGUCGUCGAACAUUGAGAAGUAAUGCUAUUCUAUCAACAACAAAAAAUUUCCUAUUUUUCCUAUCUCAAAUUCAGCCUGCCACCUUCCAGCAAACCACAGCCAGCCGGAGGCUGCAAGCUGUGUUUGUUGUUUCUAUAAAUACCUUAGAUUUGUUUUGAUUUUAAUUUGAUGUAAUUUGCUAAUGUAAAAACAAUACAACCACACGUGAACAUAAUGCAUUUGCAAUCAUUGAGGAUGACACAAAAUACGUGAUACAAAUAAUAAUUUAAAGUUUAAAUAGAUUAAUGAUAUAUUGAUUAUGCCAAGUUAUGUUUUGACAUUAAUUUAACAUACUAUAUAGUUGAGACAAUACAGCAGUUAUAUCCUAACAAUAAAUGACUCCCUAAACCGCCUCACCCACUUGAAGAGAGGUGUUGUUGACGAUGUAUAGUUGGUGGCGGCACCUCUUAAACACCACAGAAGAAGCCGAAAAGCAUCAACUGGAAGUUCUUUGUUACCAUCCUCUAUCUAGUUUUCAAUCCAAAUACAUUUCACAGGCUUUUGCAGGAUGUUUCUAAUGUAAGAUUAGUCUACACGAGACGCUCAUUUGUCACAACUUAAAUGGAGUUUUGAUAUUUAUAUAGGUGUGGUCUAUCGUUUCUUUAUCUGAACGCUAUGACAAAGAAAGUAACGGUAGCGUAACGUUACUCUUACUGUCAUGUUUUUUAUUUGAAGAAACGUUAAAGAAAGAAUACAGUUGCUUCCACGAUGGAUCGGGACAGAGCUAGUCCGUCCCCCUCCAACCUGCCAGAGUCCCCUGGUCACAACUCUCCUGGUAGCACCUUACUGCUGGAUCUGAAGAGGGUGUCUGUGCGGCUGGUCGACUGCAGGAAAACACCAGGGCAGAGUGGAACUGUGAGAGAAGGACACGAGGAGGGAGAUGGAGAUUUGAUUUCAUCAAGGGACACCCCUAACCAUCGUUGUCUUAGUGGGAGGGGCUUAUCGUCUGGGGAGCCUCAAAAACAUGUUGCUGACAAGACAGAGAAGAGUGUCUCCAGAUCAGAACAUCUCAAGAAACACCAGCAGAGACGUACAGGGAAGAAACAUCACUACUGCUGCUCUGAUUGUGGGAAGAGUUUCACAAGCCAGAGUGGCUUCAUUAUUCACUGUGAUCAGUGUGGGAAGAGUUUUGCUGCAUCUAACACCUUCAAAUCUAAUGUAAGAAUUCAUACAGGGGAGAAGCCUUAUCCCUGCCUUGAUUGUAGGAAAAGCUUUGUUCGUGCAGGAUCCUUAACCGUACACCAGCGUGUACACACAGGAGUGAAGCCUUAUAGCUGUGAUCAGUGUGGAAAGAGCUUCAAUCAGUCAGGCCACCUGACUAAACACCAGCUAAUACACACUGGAGAGAAACCUUAUAGUUGUGGUCAGUGUUGGAAGAGCUUCAAUCAGUCAGUCAACCUGACAACACACCAACUAACACACAGUGGAGAGAAACCUUAUAGUUGUGGUCAGUGUGGAAAGGGCUUCAAUCAGUCAGGCAGCCUGACUAUGCACCAGCGAACACACACUGGAGAGAAACCUUAUAGCUGUGAUCAGUGUGGGAAGAGCUUUGCUGUAGCUUCCAGCCUGAUUAGACACCAGGUAAUACACACUGGAGAGAGAACUUAUGUCUGUCUAUGUGGGAAGAGCUUUGCUCUAGCUUCCUACCUAACUACACAUCAGCGAACACACACUGGAGAGAAGCCUUAUAGCUGUGAUCAGUGUGGAAAGAGCUUUGCUGUAUCAGGAAAACUAACUAGACACCAGCGAACACACACAGGAGAGAAGCCUUAUAGCUGUGAUCAUUGUUGGAAGAGCUUCAAUCAGUCAGUCAACCUGACAACACACCAACUAACACACACUGGAGAGAAGCCUUAUAGCUGUGAUCAGUGUGGGAAGAGCUUUGCUGCAGCUUCCACCCUGAAUCGACACCAUCGAACACACACAGGAGAGAAGCCUUACAAGUGUGAUAAUUGUGGAAAGAGCUUCAGUCAAUCAGGGAGCCUGAAUUCACACCAGCGAACACACACUGGAGAGAAACUCUAUGUCUGCCUGUGUAGAAAGAGCUUUACUCAUUUAGGGUAUAUUAGAAAACACCAAAAAGCAAAAAUGUGCCAUAUUUCAUCUCAGUCCUAUCCGACACCGGUUCCAGAUCCAUAAAUAAAGGAUCAAUAGAAAACAUCUAGUGAACAGUCAUAUCCAUCUCUCAUUCUUAAACAGUUGACUUAGUCUGAUCACCAUGGUAACCUCUGUGCAGCAUAAUAUGCAGCUCUGAUCUGGGAUCAGGUCUCCACUGUGUCUAUGUAAUAUCACACAUUGAUCUAAAUGGAUAAAUGUUAUCAUAGAAAAUGUUAUAGGGAACCUGUGUGUGUGUGUGGCCUGUGUGUGUGUGGGAGGGAUGUUGAUAAUUGUAUCUUCUUUCAUAUACUCAUGAUACUGUUGUUAUUAAAUGUCAUGAGGAAUAAUGUUUCAACAAUAGGUGUAUAUUCAUGUAUUCAAUUGAUCAAUAAAUUAAAUCCAUUAUCUUCUAAACAAGAAGUUAUCACUCAUUUUAUAAUAAUAUCUAAAUUGAUUAAAAUGACAAACAACUAAUCCAUAAUGCAUUGAAUAAUAAUAUCCAUGAGGUCAAGAACUAUGUAUACUGUCUUGUAACAUCGGUUAAUGUAAUAACUUUGAGAUUUAUAAUGUAAUAAAACUGGUAAAUGUAA